AUGAAGUACAUUGGAUCCUGCAUAGUUUGGCUUUGUAUGGCAGUCUUCCUCCUCCUUCCUGUUUCUACUUCUGUGGCUGUCAGUGACCAGACAGGUGCUGUGUGUCCUUUAAUGAAAACAGUCGUCCAUCAUCUCAAACAAAUCAACAGAGACAGUCUUGGUAUUUCAGGGUUUGAUCUGGCAGAAAGCUUUUCUUUGAGGCAAACAUCUUGUGGAGGGGAAAAGAUCUGUUUUAAACUGGGAAGUGCACCUCUCGUCAGAGACACAAAGCAAGUAUUUCCAAAUGGGCUUCCUGAAGAAUACUCUCUAGUUGCUACGUUCCGUGUACGGCGAAAUACCAAGAAAGAGCGUUGGUAUAUAUGGCAAGUUUUAAAUCAGUAUGACACACCUGAGAUCUCGGUCCUUCUGGAUGGUACAAAAAAGGUUGUGGAGUAUAUGACCAAAUCUGCUCAGGGAAAUAUACUGCACUACACUUUUAAGAGUCGAGAAAUUUAUCCAUUGUUUGAUCGGCAGUGGCAUAAGCUUGGUAUUAGCGUGCAGUUGGGGAUCAUUUCCCUCUAUUUGGAUUGUAAUUUAAUUGAGAGAAAGCAGACUGAUGAAAAAUUCACCAUUGACUUGCAGGGAAGGACUCUGAUUGCUUCUCGCGCUGCAGAUGAUAAGCCUGUAGAUAUUGAACUUCAACGCAUAACAGUUUAUUGUGAUCCAAAACUUGCAACAGAAGAUACGUGUUGUGAAAUAUCUGCAGACCUGUGCCCACAUGAGGAGAGGUUAUUUGCUACGACUUCAUCACCACUUACUGUUCAUGCCAGCAAGAUAUACACGCUUCCAGGAAUGCAGCAAGAAUCUAGAGAGAGAUGCCACUGCUUUCCAAAUAAAGGAGAAGCAGGAUUGCCAGGAGUAGCUGGUUUGCCAGGCCAGAAAGGACAUAAAGGUGAAAAGGGUGAAAAGGGCACAAAAGGACAGGAUGGUGUUGCUGGUCUUCCUGGUGAAAAGGGGGAAGCUGGCUUAGUAGGUGCUCCUGGCAUACCUGGUCUUACUGGUUCCAAGGGUGAACGUGGCUUUGCAGGUAGUAAAGGUGAAGAAGGCGAAAAGGGUGAAAAAGGAGAUAAAGGAGAACCAGGACCAGAAGGCAUUCAUGGAAGAGAGGGACUAAAAGGUGACCCUGGUAGUCCUGGUGUGGCUGGUCCUAAAGGAGAAAAGGGAGAUGCAGGACCUCCAGGACCAGCUGCCUUGAGUGGUUUGCCAGGGCUGGAGGGUCCCCAAGGUCCACCUGGCAAAGAAGGUCAAAGGGGAAGACGAGGCAAACCAGGCCUCCCAGGAAAACCGGGGCCACCAGGACCUCCUGGUCCUUCUGGAUUAAAAGGAAUUCUGGAUUCUUUGAACAAGCAUUAUAAUGAGAGUGAUACACGACUUCUAGGACUACUUGGGACCCCUGGACCUAAAGGCCAGAAAGGAGACGUUGGUCAAAAGGGAGAAUUGGGAAUGACCGGUGCAAAAGGAGAAAAGGGAGAGCCUUCUGAAAAAGGGGACAAGGGAAAUCCAGGAGAAACUGGAAUGGAGGGCUCAAAAGGAAAUAAGGGUGAAACAGGAGAACCUGGACCACCUGGUCUUACUGGAAAUCCAGGAUCAAAGGGACUGCAAGGACCUCCAGGACCUGUUGGACCCAGGGGACUGCCAGGAGAAGUUGGCUUACCAGGAGAGCACGGGGUACCAGGAAACCCAGGAGUUAAAGGAGACAAGGGGGACCCUGGUGGGAUUAUAGGACCACCUGGACAUCCGGGUCCAAAAGGUGAUGUGGGGCCUCCUGGACCAAGUCUGCCUGGAACACCAGGUCCCACUGGUAUUCCUGGAAACCCAGGUCCACGGGGACCAAAGGGAGAAAGAGGACUACCUGGUGUACAAGGAGCACCUGGGGAGAUGGGGCCCCCUGGAAUAGGCAUUCAGGGAUCACCAGGCCCUAUAGGACCAACUGGAUCAGCAGGUGUGCAGGGCCCUAGGGGACCCCCAGGAUUACCAGGAACUCCAGGUACCCCUGGUAUUAAUGGAAGCCCAGGAAGAGAUGGAAAGCCAGGACUACCAGGCCCUCCAGGUGAUCCUAUUGCACUGCCACUUGUGGGAGACAUGGGUGCUAUACUGAAGGGUGAUCCUGGCACAAGAGGUCCUCCAGGCAUCCCUGGUAGAGAAGGGCCAAAGGGAAGCAAAGGUGAACGUGGAUUUCCUGGGCUUGCUGGAGAGAAGGGCGAUGAGGGCCUUCAAGGUGCUCCUGGACUGCCAGGCAUACCAGGACCCAGUGGACCAUCUGGAGUCACAGGAAGACCUGGACAUCCUGGUCCAGCAGGGUCAAAAGGCGAAAAGGGUAGUGAAGGUUCUCCUGGGAAACCUGGACCACCUGGGCCUCCGGGUAUGCCUUACAAUGAAAGAAAUGGAAUGAGCAGCUUAUAUAAACUCCAGGGAGGUGUGAGUGUCGCUAGUUAUCCUGGUCCACCAGGACCUCCAGGUCCAAAAGGAGAUCCUGGCACAGCGGGAGACCCAGGACCAAUGGGAUUACCAGGACUGGAAGGACUCCCAGGGGAAAAGGGUGACCGUGGACCAGCUGGCACGCCAGGAGUAGCAGGGACACCGGGAAAGCCGGGAUCCCCCGGGUCCCCAGGGAUGCCAGGGGAACCUGGUGAAAGAGGACCUAUAGGAGAUAUAGGCUUCCCUGGGCCAGAAGGGCCACAAGGAAAACCAGGAAUCAAUGGAAAAGAUGGAUUGCCAGGUCCUCCGGGUGCUGUGGGAAGACCAGGAGACAGAGGACCCAAAGGAGAACGUGGAGAUCAGGGUAUUCCAGGGGACAAAGGUCCACAGGGCGAACGAGGGAAACCUGGCCCAUCAGGAGAAAAGGGGGAUGUGGGUCCUAUUGGGCCACCAGGAGACAGAGGCUACCCAGGAUCACCAGGUCAUCAAGGUCCCCCAGGUUCACCAGGACCCCCAGGCUUUCCUGCUGAUACAGUUUCACUUGAAGAAAUAAAAAAUUAUAUUAAACAAGAGGUUCUUAAGGUUUUUGAAGAAAGGAUGGCUCAGUUUGUAUCCCAGCUGAAGCUGCCCGCUGCAAUGCUUGCCUCCCAAGCUCAUGGAAAACCAGGGCCCCCAGGAAAAGAUGGGUUACCAGGGCCACCAGGAAAGGAUGGUUUGCCAGGGCCACCAGGAGAACGUGGAAUUCAAGGUUAUAGAGGACAGAAAGGGGAAAGAGGCGAGCCUGGAAUUGGACUGCCUGGUAACCCUGGACCACCCGGCCCUGCAGCUACUGGCCUGCCAGGCCCACCGGGAACGCCAGGCUCACCCGGACCGCAGGGGCCACCUGGACCCAACGGAAGAUGCAAUCCGGCAGAUUGCUAUUACCACAUAUCACAGACUCGGUCACGCACCAGUGGGAAAUAA